AUGCCCAGCUUCAGGCUCACCAAAGACAUGCCCACGGCGACGGUGCUCGACGGCUCUCAAUUCGUCGCUGCCGCCCCCAUCGCCACGGUCCUCGACGUGCAGCGCGUAGAGUCGCCGCUUUUAGCCGACCUCGUCGCCUCGGAGAUCACGUACGUGCGCGGGAAUGGGAUGACCUUCGGCGUCGCGGCGACGGAUGCUGUACUCCAAGUUUUCGCGAUCGACGCCGAGCGUUUCGCGAUGGCGAACGAAGCGAAGCGAAGCGUCCACGUCUGCGCGGGGCGACCGGGCACCUUGGACGGCGCAUUCGGCUUCGUGCCGAUCCUGUGUACGGUUCCGUGGUGCCUCCACGCCGUCAUCUUCGCGCCCUGCGUGUGGAUGGGGCCGAUGGCCUUCAAUGCGUGGGCGCGACCGCACGCCGACGCUCCGUUCCCGGCGCGCGCGUCGCGCGCGCUCAUCGUCACUGAGCACGGCGUCGUCGGCGACGGCGAGGCGACGGGACAGGAGACGCAGGCGAUCGCCUGGGACGGCUUCGACGUCGACAAGGUUCACAUCACGCGCUACGACGACGCGCGCGAGCCGCGGUGCACGGUGCCCUGGGGCGAGCGCGCAAUCUGGGCCGACCCCCUCUCCUGCGCGGUCGGCUUCGGCGUCCUCAUCCCCUGCUGCGCGUACACCUGCGUACAGCCCAACGCGCCGGGGCUCUACCGCGUCGAAAUCACCUCGACGCACGAGACA